AUGCCAAAUAAAGAUAAACCUGUUGCACAGUUAGAUUAUGCACGAUUCAUUGGGUGCUUAAUGUAUGCCAUGACAAGUACACGACCAGAUAUUGCGUUUGUUGUCGGCAAGUUAAGUAGAUACACAAGUAAUCCAAGUAAAUUGCAUUGGUAUGCAAUUUAUAGAGUAUUGAAGUACCUGAAGAAAACAAUUGAUUAUGGAAUUUGUUAUUCGGGUUUUCCUUCUGUUUUGGAAGGAUAUUCUGAUGCUAGUUGGAUUUCAGAUAGAGUAGAUCAUGCAUCUACAAGUGGUUGGAUUUUUAUGCUAGGUGGAGGUGCAAUUUCUUGGGGUUCCAAGAAGCAAAAAUGUAUAACUGAAUCCACUAUAGCAUCUGAAUUUAUUGCUUUAGCCUCGGCGAGCAAAGAAGCGGAAUGGUUAAGAGAUUUACUCUACAAUAUCCCACUAUGGCCAAAGCCAAUGUCACCAAUUUCAAUCAAUUGUGAUAGUCAAGCCACUUUGUGA